AUGAUUUGUGUCUCUUUGCCAUCGCUUGUAGCAACGAAACACAAAUCAAUGUCACAACAAACACUAACCGUUCUUCUUUUUCUUCAAUUCACAUUCUUCAUUUCUUCACCAGUCACAAGUUUAUACUCUCCUUCACCUCCCGCCGCGCCGUUUUCCCAGACUACCCCUGACCCCGGCUUUUCUCCACGCGCCGAGUGGCUCUUCGCCCACGCCACGCACUACGACGCCACCGACACGCUCGGCGGAGCCUGCGGUUACGGCGACCUCCCCAAUGGCAUGGCCACCGCCGCCAUCAGCCAAGCCCUCUUCGACCGCGGCCAGAUCUGCGGCGCCUGCUUCGAGCUCCGCUGCCGCGAGGAGGACACCGACUUCGACCGCCGAUGGUGCAUCUUCGGCGCGUCGGUCGCUGUCACCGCCGCCAAUUUCUGCGCCCCGAACUACGGGUCCGACGCCGAGAGCCUCGGCGGACAUUGUAACCCUCCGAAGCAGCAUUUUGUUAUCCCAAUUGAAGUUUUCGAGAAAAUCGCAAUCUGGAAGACUGGCACUGGCAACAUGCCAGUGCAGUAUCGCAGGAUAAAGUGCAAAAGAGAAGGGGGAAUGCGGUUUACAAUUACUGGUUCUGGAAUCUUCAUUUCGGUGCUGAUCAGUAAUGUGGGUGGGAUGGGAGACAUUGUGGGAGUGAAGGUGAAGGGUUCAAAAACUGGUUGGCUUUCUAUGGGUAGGAAUUGGGGUCAGAACUGGCAUGUUAAUGCUUUACUGCAGAAUCAGCCUCUUUCUUUUGAGGUCAAGGGUAGUGAUGGAAUAGCUGUUACAUCUUACAAUGUUGCCCCCAAGAAUUGGACUUUUGGACAAUCUUUUGAAGGAAAGCAGUUUGAGCAUUGA